AUGAACACUACUCAGCGCAGUGAAAGUAUAAAUUCAUUCUUUGAUGGUUUUGUUACAUCUGGCACAACUUUGAUGAAAUUUGUGGAGAAAUAUAACCAAGCAUUAGAUGCUCGGUACGAGUCAUUCAAAAAAGAAUACUUUGAAUCUAAGCACAAAGAAAGGCUUCUGACAUUUAAUAUGGCAUUAGAGGAGCAUGCAGCUAAAGUGUAUACCCGUGCAAUUUUUUUAAAGUUCGGCGAAGAGCUUUCUCUUAGUUUACAAUUAUCUAAGGAGAAACUUGGAAAUGACAUUGGGUGGGUUACCUACCACGUUUUUAAUAAGAAGGACAACAGAGAUUCUGCAAUAGUUGAGAUAAAAUUGGAAAACAGAGAAGCUAGGUGUUCUUGCCUUUAUUUUGAGUCCAUGGGAAUCUUAUGCCGACAUGUUCUUUCUAUUUUUUUGAUUGAAAAUGUCGAGCAGAUCCCUGAACACUUCAUCUUGCGUCGUUGGCGAAAAGAAGGAAAUGAUAUACGAAGCAUAGACAAUGACAAUUGUACAACUGAUGGAGAUAGACUUCUUCGUAGCUUUCACCUACGCUCUAGAUAUUCCAGACUAGAUGAGCUUGCAUAUGCAUCGAGUGAAGCAUUUAGAUUCAUUUGUGAUGGUAUUGAUUCUCUCUCUCUAGCUGCAGAAAAGUUUGUGACAUCCGAGGAGACUACUGGUCUUAGCGAUUCUAAUUUACAAUACUUGAGUCAUAAUUCAGAAGAGUCUUGUAUGAGAAACUUGAAGGAUCCCUACAUUUCUCAAACAAAAGGGCGAAAAAAGCACUCUCAAAAUACUUCACAGGGACGCAGGAUUCGUAGUGGGAUUGAAGAAGCAUCAAAACAUACUAAUAUAUGUGGAAAUUGUAGAAAACGAGGACAUAAUAAGUGCACAUGCAAAGACAUAAAUCUAAAUUCAGUAUAG